GUUCGACAUUGUACCUUCGUUGUAUAAGUUCAAGGGGAAGUUGACAUUGUCAUUAUUGGAGAACGGUUAUUAAGAAGAAAUACAGUAUUUAAGUUUUGAUUGAAGACGUAAAAAUGCCACGAAGAGGACGAGCUUCGUCUCCCAGAUCUGGCGGAGGAUCUGGUGGAAUGUUCGGUGCAAGAUCAGGACCCCCUGCCCGGACAGCACCCCCUCCUCCACCACCCAUGGUAGCCCCUGCCCAGCCCCGACAGCCUGGCCUGAUGGCAAACAUGGCUUCCACAGCAGCUGGUGUAGCCGUUGGUUCAGCAGUUGGACAUACCAUCGGAGCAGCAAUGACAGGAGGAAUGGGAGGCGGACACAGUGAGCCUGCCCAGGCCCCCGCUCAGCCUGCCUACCAAACACCCCAGGAUCAGUAUCAACAGGGUCCAGCCUGUCAGUUCGAACUCAAACAGUUCAUCGAGUGCACUCAAACUCAGUCAGACAUUUCUCUAUGUCAAGGGUUCAAUGAAAUUCUGAAGAACUGCAAACUACAAUACGGUAUGCAGUAAACCUUUGUUCUAAAUUUGUGGUCUGUGAUUUGGAGAUGAAGAAAGUGAUUUUGUAUGUGCUGAAUACAUGAGGCAGGCCAAACAACUUGUUUUGUGUGUAAAUACGAUUAAAACCAUCCUAUGAUAUAGUGUAUGCACUGUUACAUAUCUUUGUACAGUCAAAUGAACACUAAUAAAUUAUGAAUGCAUAGA